AUGCAGCAUCCAGCUCGAGCUGGCAUCAACGUUCCAGGCGGCAACGCCGGCUCCGGCACCGACGGCAAUAGCGGCAGCAGCAAUCGGACCGAAGACCUGACCCACUUUGGCUUCCAGACUGUCCAAAAGGACUCAAAGGAGCAGCUGGUCGGCCAGGUGUUCAAGAAUGUCGCCAAAAAGUACGAUGUCAUGAACGACUUUAUGUCGGCGGGUAUCCACCGGCUGUGGAAGGACCACUUUAUCAACACACUUGCCCCUGGUCCCGAUACCAAACUCCUGGAUGUGGCUGGCGGCACAGGCGACAUUGCCUUCCGAUUCUUGGACUAUAUCAAGCGGGUCCACGGCUCCAUCGGAAAUGCGUCCGUCACCGUCGUUGAUAUCAACCCUGCGAUGCUGGAGGUCGGCAAGGAGAGAGCGACUCAGUUCGGCUAUGGCAACAUCCCGCAGAUCUCCUGGCGAGAGGGUAAUGCCGAAUCCAUCGAUUUCAUCCCUGACUCGUCCAUGGACGCCUUUACCAUCGCCUUUGGCAUCCGCAACUGCACCAAUAUCGAUCGCGUUGUCGCCGAGGCCUACAGAAUCCUCAAGCCCGGAGGACGGUUUAUGUGCCUAGAGUUUGGCAGUGUGCAAAACCCCGUUGUUUCAAAGUUCUACGACGCAUAUUCCUUCGAGAUCAUCCCGGCUCUCGGAGAGCUCGUGGCAAACGAUCGAGCAUCGUAUCAGUACCUGGUCGAAUCUAUCCGCAAGUUCCCCCCGCAGCCCGUCUUUGCCAAGUUGAUCAAGGACACUGGCUUCACUAUCGUCGACACUGGAUACGAAAAUCUGACAUUUGGCGUCGCUGCGAUCCACUCGGGAUUCAAGCUGUAG